AAUGACAGCACACAGGGCCGAGUCGAGUGUUGAAGGCGACGCAAGGAAAAACAAAAUGGAGUGCGCUUGUUUUUGACACAAUGUUGCGCUAGAGUUUCGCGGUACGGUAAAAAGUAAAAUAUUGCGGAAAAAAUCCUUUGCACCCGCACGGAACCGGUCGCAAUAGUGAAUGGAAUCUGCCGGCCGCCGACGGGAUGUGAAUUAAAGUGCUGAAACGUGAAAUUGUGCGCACAAAAUCGAGAGAUAAAAACCAACACUGAAUCCCAAUUCGAAUCAAUAAUUGUUAAAAAUAAUCCACCGCUAUUAACUAAAUCCAUACGACUUCCCCCACGAGAGGUAAGCGUCGUCAAUAUGGAUGAGCUUGGCGAUCAACCGCCACCGCCAGUCGACGAGAGCACAGUUAGCACCGAGGCAGAAGACGCUGUCGAUGCCGGCAUCCCACCCGCUGCUACCGGGGAGGAUUCCCAGGAGUCCUCCUCAGUAGCAGGAACGGAUGAGGUCGAGGGACAGCAGCCCGCCUCUGUUCCGACGGGAGGCGAAGAAGAAUCCCAAGAUGAUGGCAAUGAAAACAUUCCCGCAGUAGCUCAGCACGUGGAAGAAGAAGAAGAACAGAUGGAUGUGGAUGAAAAUUUGGUGCAGCAACCGGUAGAGGAACAGGAACCUGUCGCGGGUGAUAGUGGUGGACAUGAUGAUGGUGGUGGCGGCAGUACACUGGCGGGUAAAGAUGACGGUGAUAGUUUCGCUCCUACUUUGGAAACGGUCGAGGAGAAGGGAGAAAGUCAGUUUGUUAAUCAGACGGAAGAGGAAAGUAACCGACCGGACAGUGCUGCUGGGGAUAAGACAACCGAUUGUGAUUUGCUGGAGGACAUUGAAAUGACUAAUGUGGCUGAAGGGGAACCGAUGGACGAAACGGACAAGUCCCAUGAUCGAUCGCUAGCAGCUACCUUGGAUCCGUUCGAUCAGGUGAAGCAUGCCGAUCAAUCCAAAGACGAGUCUUCGGUGCAGCACGACAGUAGCAUAGCAGAUGGUGGCGAUACGACGCUAGCUACUAUUGAUGCAGACGUGACUCCACCGACGGAAAUUGAUACGACGAUGAAUGACACCGUCGCGGAGGCGACCGAGAAUUCAGAAGUGAUGGAACAAGCGGAAGUGGUUGAGUCAGCUGAAACGACGGAGCGUGCAGUGGAUGCGGAUUCGACGGAACACGCAGAUGAAAGUGUAGUUGAAGACGGCGUCGACGAGCUGACGGAGGGCGAAGGUGUGGACGAGAACGUUUGCCUGCUGCCGGACGAUGAACGGGAACUGUCGGAAGCGGACAAGGAGCAGGCGCGUGUUGUCCGCGAAGCUGCCGAGGAGGCGGAAAAAAGUCAGGACGGGAUGGACGUGAGCACACCGGCGGCGGACGAGCCAGCUGAGAAGACGGCAGAGGAAGAUAAACCGAAGGAAAGCGAACCACCGGUUCAAGAAGAAACGGCGGAUAAAGGUACAACAGUGGUGGCUGCUAGUGACGAAACGGAAUCAGUUUCGGAACCUGCUGUAAAUGUUGAUAAGGAAACUCCACCGGAAGAAACUGAGGUUCGCCUGGAAACGGCAGCUGACAACGUUGAAGAAGUUGAUACCGAGCUGGAUCAGGCAGCAGAUGCCCCACCACAGGUUAACGAAAUCCGAGAGGUACCGGAACCGAUGGAACAGACCUGUUUGAAGUGUUUGGCUGUGAAACCUUGCGAGUAUAGUUUGAUCCAGGUAGAUGGAGAAGAGGCCAAAUUUAUCUGUUCCUUCGACUGUGUGCAGAUAAUGAGAACAGAAAACCCCGGAAAAUAUGUACUCGUUCAGAAGCGAGUUCCGAUCGUACAAAUUUUUGACAGCGAACAAACUUGUAUUCGUUGCGAGAAAAGCACCACCUGCAAGUUUCGAUAUUUGGGUGGAAAAGCUGAUGAUCCGAACCGUUAUAAGUACGUCUGCGACAUGAAAUGCGUUGAACAUUUGACUACAAUCAACGCCGAAAAGUAUGUACUAAAAAGGAAGCGCUAUCUAAUCGAUGAGAAGACCGAAGCGGAAGAAGUAAAGUGCAUCCAAUGUAACGACGUCAAGAGCUGCAAAUACUUUUUCACCCAGGACGACGAUGAGCUGUUCAUUUGUCAUGAGGACUGCUUGAAUCUCCUAAUGACGGAACAUCAGGAUCUGUUCCGUUUGAAGCGAAGAUCAGUCCGGGUCAGGGAUCUACCGAAGAGGAUUCCAAAUGAACAGGAACCAGUGGUUGAAAAUGCUAAGGCGGUUGCUCGAACCGAGGAUGAAGCCGAACAUGCUCGCUUAGAUCGUGAUGCCAGUUAUAUGAGACGUUGUGCUCAAUGUUUCACGCUAAUUCAGAUAAAUGAAAAGACACUGCAGUGGGAAACGUUGGAUUUCUGUAACGAGAAAUGUUUGGGAGUAUAUCAGAAUUCGGUCGGAUCGAAUUGUGCCAUGUGUAGUAACUCCGUUUCGGUGACCAGUUUGGGGAAAUACUGCGUCAGAUUUGGGUUCGACGUGCGGCAGUUUUGCCGUUCCAGCUGUUUGGAUCAGUACAAGAAGAAUUUGAAAGUUUGUUCCUACUGUCAGCGCGACAUAACCGUCGGAGGCCUUGGAUUCCUCGCUCCGGUGGGAGAUAAAGGUCUUUUCAAAGAUUUCUGUACUCAGACCUGUUUGAAAAAAUACGAGGAAGUAUUAGAUCCGAGUAAGAAGCAGGUUCCUCACGUAUGUGCUGUGUGCAACCACGAGAAGGUGACCAAGAUCAACGUCAUGCUGGAUAAUCGUGAGCACUUUUUCUGCAGUACACCUUGCUUCUCGGCGUUCAAGUUCGUCAAUAAUGUCAACCCGGAUGAGUGUUCCAUGUGCAAGAUAUUUUUCGAACGGAAAUCGGCCGAAUCCUUUACAAUCUUUACCCCAGAUCGUGGCCCAGAAGGUGCUCCGUUCUGUUCGAAAAUAUGCAUGAAUCUCUAUAUCAUCACCAACAGAAAGAUCGUCUCGUGCAACUGGUGCAAAGUUAAGAAGUAUAAUUUUGAUAUGAUCCAAAAAGUAGUCGGAAACAUGGCCAUGUGUUCCCUGAACUGUUUAACUCUGUGUGAAGUGUCAGUGAAUGCCCUUUCCAUGAAGCAGAUCCACUGCGAUCACUGCAAACAAUUGAAAACUCCGCAGUAUCAUCUAACGAUGAGUGAUGCUAGUGUUCGUAACUUCUGUACCUACCAGUGUGUGAUGUCCUUCCAGAGCCAAUUCAAUAAGACCCCUCUGACGAUCGAUUCCGAGGAAGUUCGAAACAAUCCUGUUCCCACGGGGCUACCGAAGCGUGUCAAAAAGACCGGAGCAUUGCCAGCUGCAGCUAUGGCUGCCGCCGCAGCUGUAUCCAACACGUCAUUGCCGUUAGUUCAGCAAGGACCACCGCCAGCAAAACCACGAGGACGACCUCCACGAACGGCAGCUGCUGUUGCCAAUGCUGUCAUGACCUCCGGUGAUUUACCCGUCAUUUCAUCAGUGCAAUCGCUCGCUGGUCAUGUUGCCAGUGCUAACAGGUCAACUCGUUCCAAAGGAGGACGCCCAUCGGCAGCAUCGUCAACUUCAAUGGAACUUCCCGAACUGAGAGUAUCUUUGGAACCACUCAGUGUUCAGUUGACCACGGCAGUGCAGCAACGGUACGAGGCUCCUGAGCCACCGCCACCGAGGGUAGAAUUGAAGACGCAAAUUGUGACAGUUCCGACUAUUCCACCUUCUGUGGCAAACGUUGGCACAAUGUGUAAGCCAAUCCAGCAAUCAAAAGCAGUAAGCUGCCGACCAGUUCAAUGUAACGUCGAGUGUCAAACCGAAGAAUGGCUACAGAGAAAAAUUGUCAUUCCUAUUCCGGUGCCCAUCUAUGUACCAACACCUAUGCAUAUGUACUCUAUGCCUGUUCCAAUUCCUGUUCCCAUACCACUCCCUAUUCCGGUCCCAGUUUUCAUUCCCACCUCCCGCAACUCCGCCAACGGUAUCAUGAAGGAAAUCAAAAAGAUCCAAGACAAGAUGCCAACCGAUCCGUACGAAGCCGAACUGCUCAUGAUGGCCGAAAUGGUAGCCGGCGACAAGAAGAAGGACGACAGCGAUUCCGACUCGGACGACGAAGCCCCGGAUCAGUACACGGCCACCGCCACCGAUCACGGCAUUGAAAACAAUACCUCCUUCAACGAAGAUCUGGUCCAGAUGGCUCUGAAAAUGGCCUCCAACGAUUUUGAAGAUCCUCCGGUGGAUCUAGAAUCAGCCAUGCAGGCAAACACGAUCGCUCCUCAACCGCCCACUCACCACGGCUACGACGAUGGAUCCCAACAGCAACUACAUCACCAGCAGCAGCUAAUGAUGCUCGAACAGCAACGACAGACGCAGACCGUCGCGCAACGGGGAGGACGCAAGCGAGCGCAAAACUCUCGGGCAAACAACAACAAUCGCCAGCAAAUUUCACCCAACAAACGCAUCAAACGAGAACAGAUCAGUGAACCAUCUCCAGAACCGCCACGGGAGCCGGUGGAGAAACCGGAUGCAAACAUGUGCUUGAAGUACACGUUCGGUGUGAAUGCAUGGAAGCAGUGGGUGCUCACGAAAAAUGCAGAUCUUGAGAAGAGUACAAUUCGAAGGAAACCUUUCAAGUCGGAAAUCCUGCAGUUAACGGCGGACGAACUCAAUUACUCCCUCUGCCUGUUUGUGAAGGAAGUACGGAAGCCGAAUGGAACCGAAUAUGCGCCCGACACGAUCUACUAUCUGGUGUUAGGCAUUCAACAAUAUCUGUUUGAGAAUGGGCGAAUCGAUAAUAUCUUCACCGAUCCAUACUACGAGCGCUUCACUGAUUGUCUGGAUGAAGUGGCGAAAAAGUUCUCCGUGCUAUAUAAUGAUUCCCAGUACAUCGUAACCCGAGUGGAAGAGGAACAUCUUUGGGAGUGCAAGCAAUUGGGAGCCCAUUCACCACACGUUCUACUCAGUACACUAAUGUUCUUCAACACGAAACAUUUCAAUUUGACGACUGUCGAAGAGCACAUGGAACUGAGCUUCUCGCACAUCAUGAAACACUGGAAACGGAAUCCAAAUCAGGGCGGUGCAAAAAUGCCUGGUUCUAGAAAUGUGCUGCUACGGUUCUACCCGCCCCAGUCUUCGCUUGCCGCCAACUCGAGGAAAAAGAAAGUCUACGAACAGCAGGAAAACGAAGAGAAUCCCUUGAGGUGUCCGGUAAAACUGUACGAGUUUUAUCUAUCGAAAUGCCCGGAAAGUGUCAAAACCCGCAACGACGUAUUCUACCUGCAACCGGAACGAUCCUGCGUACCCGAUUCCCCCGUCUGGUACUCGACACAGGCCCUCAGCAAGGACUCGCUGAGUAAAAUGCUGCACCGCGUUAAGAUGGUAAAGGAAAUAAACAUCGCACUGCUCACCAGCUAAUGAAACGAGACCCACAAUGACGAGGAUAACACUAGCAAUACCACCACCAGUUCCAACGCUACUACUACUACAACCGGUGGCCCCAGUGGUGCCGCCAACUUCUGCUCGACGAUGAACCACGUAGCAAAUGCUAUUAGUUCGCUUCCAUUCCGCAGCCUGCAGUCGUCGCUUCAGCAGCUGCAGAAUCACCAGCAGCAAAACGCCGUAUCCCAGCAGCAAAAUCACUAUCAGCAGCAGAGCAACUGCAACAAUGGUCAGCCCUCUGGACCGACUACGGGACAGCCUCCGGCUAGUUUCAUGGCCAACAAUACAACACAUCCGCCACCCCCACCAGAUUAUGACUACUACUAUAACGAUUACUACCGUCGCUGGAGUGGCAUUAUGAACUUCUACAAGUAGCAGAACACAGCAGAGACACGGGAACAGAUGGUGGUUAGGAGCUGUUGAUCCGCUUUCGUUUUGAACAAAAAAAAUCAGAAAACCGAGUGAUCAUGGUCAAAGUAUCCUUGGAGAUACGCUAUGGCGGUUCCAAAACAGUGCAAAGCACCACUCGAGAAACAAAAAAAAAGUAUAAAUUUUGCCUCCAUACAUACUAUUAUUUUUCAGAAACAA